AUGCAUUUUUCAAAUCCAGUUCAAAUACUGCUACUAUACAGUAUGCUUGCAUUUGUUUCCUAUAUUGAAAGUCAUGAGUUUCGUGACGAAGCCCCAUUUUUACAUGUACUGCCGGUUAUCACAUUGGCUGCAUUAACACUACCACUCACAAUGGAGAAGAAGCCCAAGCUAUGUACAGCGGCUUCAUUUUUGGCGUUAGCGGAAGGCCAUUAUAUACAAAUUGUAAGUCGCCGAGGAGCUGAGUGGUCCUGUGUCUUAAUAGCAAUUUCUCAUUUGUUCUAUCUGGCGUCAUUUGUCUCUUACGUCCGUAAAAUUUGGUACCAAAUUUGCGUACCAAUCAUAAUCUGCUAUUUUUCUUUAAUAUAUCAUUGUUUUGGUGAUAUCUACUGGUCAUUUCCAAUGCUAACUGUACUUAAUGCCCUGCAGAUUGCAAUUAUCUGCGGUUCAUUAAUUGCAGCAGCUUCACUAUGGCGAUGGAAUUCUGCGACGGGUGCCUCACAGGCUGAUUUGGUCCGGUUUAUUGGGCUUCUGUUAUGUUUCGGAUGCAGCUCUCUAGUAAUAAUCAGUCGUUUUGGCGUACGAAUUGAUAAAUUCAGUUUCACCACAAAAACGCUCUCAUACAUAGCACAAGGCCUACUGUUCCUGGCUAACGAGAGGGCAUUCUGA